AUGUCUCUAGCGCUGCGCCACGUGCCAUGGGCCUCGUGGGAGGAGUGGGAGGCGGUGCGGUCGAGCCUGCUGGGACCCGCCGCUACCCGCGAGUCCAUCUCCUUCGGGAUUGACCGGGUGGCAGCAUGGCAGAUCAGGGGAAGGGUCCCGGCCUCUGUGGACGUGACAGCUGGCAUGCUCGCCGUGCAGCUGCAGGACCCAGACCUCUGGCCACCCAGCGCGGUGCCUCCGCUCCCCCCAUUCGUGCUCCGCCAAUCAUAUGCGGCCGUGAUCAUCAGGUUUGUGAGUGGUCUGUGUGACAAUCGCAACCCGGCUCUCGGCCGGUCGGUGGUGAGGGUGGCGGCACAUGUGGGCAUUCCAAGACUGCUGGUGGACGUCAGGCAUUCUCUGGCCCACAAUCGCCUGCUGCAGCUGCCGGUGCUGCGACUGGCUGUCACUCAGGCCCUGGGGUGGUUAGUGAGCAACUACUGGAGCAGGCAAGCAGCCAUGCUAGCAGCAGGCAGCGAGGAUGCGGAGGGAAAGCAGAGGAAGGCGCAGUUGAGAGAGUUACGGAGGUGUGCAGAGCGGUCCAUGGGCGAUUUCGCUGCUCUGCUGCUGAGGCAGCUUAGGAGAGUCGUGAAUGCUGCUUAUAACGCGGAUAAGGGUGGCCCGGGCGGUGUGGGUGAGGAAAGGGGGGCACAAACGGGGGGAGGAGGGGGAAGGGAAAGAGGAGAAGAUUUGGAAGGGUUAGAAGAGGCGGUUUGGGAGGUGUUGGAUCAUAUAAGAGGGUUACCAGCUGCGUUACUGUCGCAUAUAGUGAAUGAGCUUAUAGCGGUGGUUGUGAGGGGCGGGAGCAGGGGGGUGGGUGGUGAGGGGACGGAGGGGUGGAGGGGUGGUGAGGGGGUGUGUGCGGUAAGGGGUGGAGGGGGAGAGGUUGGGGAGGGGAGGGGGGAAGAAGGGGAAUGGAGGGAUGAAGAGGAAUGGAGGGAGAUUAUGCAGUGUAUGGAGUGGUUGCUAAUGGAAGGGGAGUUGGAAGAGGAAGAAGGGGAGGAGGGGGGCGGGGAGAGAGGAGGGAUGAAAACGGCAGUGCAAAAAUCGGUGGUGGUGUGGAAGUGGGGAGGGAAGGAGGAGGAGAAGGAGGAGGGGGAGGAGGAAGAGGAGGAGCAAGAGGAAGAGGAGGAGGACGAAGGGGAAGCAAAAGGGGAAGGGGAAGGGGAGGGACAAGGGCGUGAGGAUAGGAUGGAGUUGAUUGGUGAAGAGGAGGAAGAAUCAGGUGGAAAGCCACGUGGUAAUGCUGAGGAGGAGAGUGAAGAAGAGGAGAAAGAGGAGGAGAAAGGGGAAGAGGAGGAGGGGGAGGAGGAGGAACAAGAGGAAGAGGAAGAAGGCGACGAUGAGGAGGAGGAGCUAGAAGAGGAGGAAGAAUGGGAGGAGGAAGACGACGAUAUGCAUCUAGAUCUGGGCGGCACUGACCUACCAUCACACGACUCUUCUCCAUCACAGGGCAAGUGGUUUCCUCUGCCUCUCCUCGCACGAUGUGCCAUGCGCUGCCUGCACGCCCUCCCUUCCUGUCCCCGCCUGCCACAUGUGCUUGCUGACGUGGCACUUGCGCUCGCUGACCGGACGACCCCGAACGAAGGGGAAGGGGGAGAGGAAGGCGAGGGGAAGCGGGAGGCAAAGGGUGGAGGUGGAGGAGGUGGGUCUGAGGCAGGUAGAUUUCGUGGAGGCAGGAGCAAAGGAGGGGGCGAGGGGAGCAAAGGAGGGGGCGAGGGGAUGAAAAGGAGCAAAGGAAGAGGGGCGGCGAUGAGUUGCCGCAUUCGGCAGCUAGUGAGGCACGGGUUGGUGGAGUGGUGGGAGGAGAGAGGGGCCGCAGAUCCUGCUGCUGGCUCUGCUGGUAACCCGACUAUCGCGCCUGGUGUGGUUACAUCCAUCGGUGCGGUUACUCCCAGUGCUAUGGUAACAUGCGGCGGUGGUGAGUUAACAGCAGCGGGUGCCUUUCCUGCUGCCUGGCUGGGUCAUUCACAGCGGUUGAGAGCGAUUCUGGUGACGAGCGGUGACGUGCUUAUGGCGAGCGGUGCACUAGAGGGGGGUUUUCUGACUGACAGCGGAAUGGAAAUGUGGAGCUUGGGGCUCCAUAGAGGGCCUCCGAGUGCAAAAGAGGGGGUUGAGACAGAUGGGAAAGCAGGGAUUCAGAGUGCAAAACGGGGAGGGGAAGUGGCGGAGAAGCAGCAAGGGGGGCGGGGGAAGAGAAGGCGAGGAGGGAAGGGAGGGAGAGCAGGGGCAGAGGCUAGGGAGGGAGAGGGGGGAGAGAGUGGGGCAGAUGGAGAAGGAGGAGGAGAGGGAAUAACAGGAGGAGGUGAAGGAGGGGAAGAAGGGGGAAGAGAAGAGGAGUGUGAGGAGGAGGGGGCAGAGGUGGAAGAGUUGGAAGGGACAGAUUUUGAGGAAGGGACUGAGAAGCUUCUGAGGGAGAUGGAGAGGGAACUGAGUACAAUCGAGAAAGUGGUUCGGGCGAGUAGUGGCACGCGGCAGGGAGGAGUUUUUGUUGCAAAUAAGGAAAGGGCUGAUUGCGGGUCGGACAAUAAGGGGGAUGGUAAAAAGAGAAGGAAGGGAGGCGUGGGAGAGAGGAUAGACACUGUGAAUGGGAAGAGGAAAGGAGAGACGGGGAAAACGGAGGGGAGGAAGAGGCGAAAGGGAGGUGGAAUGGGAGGAGCAGAUGGGGAAAGGAGGAAUGUUGCUGAGGAGAACCUUCCAGGAAAGAGGUGGAGGGUUGCAGCUAACUGGGUGCCCUGUGCUGUGGGCACCAUGCCGUCCCUAGCUGCCAGCUCCGGCGUUCUCCCGAACCUGGAGCCACCGUUAGAGGCUGCAAGGAGGACCGGCGGAGGCCCAGGCUUUGCGUUUGGUCCGGAUGGAGGUUCGGGUGGGCCAGGUCCAGACGAGAGAGCGUGGGAGAUUGAUGGGGUGAGAGGUGUUAGAGGGGAAGGGGACGAUGCAGAUAUAGAGGAGAACGGAGGAGAGGUGGGAUCUGGUGCUGCUUUUGGUAGUGGUUGUGGUGCUGAGGUGGGUGCAAUAGCACAGUUGCAAAAGGUUGUUAGCAAUGAUAUGUUGGGAGAAGCAGCAACGCUGACAGGUGCAAGGGGAUUGGGUAUAGCAAUGCCGACAGGUACACAAGUGGAGGCAGAGACAGAUGAGGUGGGAGCUGCUGGGGCAAGUGGUGACCGUGUUGCUGCUUCAGGGUACGAUUGGGCAGCUUUGAAACAUUCAAUUGCCCUAAUCUGA